CAUGCGCACUUCUAUGUAGAUCAACGUGCAGAGAUUCCCCAGACACAGAAACAUCCUCAUCAUGUCGCUUUGAUUUGUCUUCUUUUGAGGUCUUUUCUCCGAGAAAAAAAUGUACGAGGAGGCCGGAGAAGUGUUCGACAUAUUCCGGGGCGUGUUUCCCAUCUCGUUCCUGCUGUUCGUGCCGGCUGUGCUGAUUAUCGUGUCGCCCGAUCCGGUGGAGGCGGCGCAUGAGUUCUCCGUCUACCGCAUGCAGCAGUUCGACCUCCAGGGGACCAGCUAUGGAUGCAGAAACGCCAUUGUAAACAUGGAGGCACGGUCUCUCGGCGCCAGCAUGCUGACCCGGCGCUGCGUCGUCACCCGCCUGGCAGACCUGACCGUGGACAAGUUCAAAGACCUGGUGGACCAAUCAGCAGGGGCCGUCUUGGUGCUCCUGCCCGACGACUUGUCCAAUGUCCCCAGGGAGAAUUUGGAGGAGUUUAUAGAGCUGGAACAUGACCUGAUGGACCAGGAUGUGAACACUCCUGUGUACUUUGCUGUGGAGGACAACACCCUGACCAAGAUCUAUGCAGCGAUCCAGGAUGGAUCCAACACUGACAAGGCUGCCACUGCCACGGAAGCUCUGCUGCACGCAGCCUCAGCGAAUGGGUUCCAGAUGGUCACCACGGCAACACAAGCCACGCCCAUCAAGGAUGCACAGAUCACCAGCAUCCAGGGCAAGCUGUCUGGGUUGGGAAUAGAGGAGCAUCUACCAACUGUGGCCAUCGUGGCACACUAUGACACCUUUGGGAUUGCUCCACACCUGUCGUACGGUGCCGACAGUAACGGGAGCGGGAUGGUGGCACUGCUGGAACUGGCUCGGCUCUUCUCCAAGCUGUACGACAACCCCAAGACACACCCAAAAUUUAACCUCCUGUUCCUGUUGUCUGGAGGAGGCAAGUUUAACUACCAGGGAACCAAACGCUGGAUAGAGGACAACCUGGACCACACAGAUGGUAGCCUCCUGUCAGAGGUGUCGUUCGUCCUGUGUCUGGACUCGGUUGGUUCCGGGGACGGUCUCUACCUCCACGUGUCCAAACCUCCCAAGGAGGGCUCCGCACUCCACUCCUUCUUGGAGGAGCUGAAGACUGUCCUGGAUGCCCAGUUUCCCGUGGUAAACUUCACCAUGGUGCACAAGAAGAUCAACCUGGCGGAGGACCUGUUGGCGUGGGAACACGAGCGCUUCAGUAUCCGCCGUCUCCCCGCCGCCACGCUGUCACACUUCCCCACCCACAGGGCGCUGGAGAGGCAGAGCAUCACCGACCAGAAGUUCCAGGUAGAUCCAGGUGUCCUGACCAGGAACAUCAGGGGGCUGGCUGAGGCACUGGCCAGACACAUCUAUAACCUCACUGCCAAGGGGCAUGAUGGUUCAAUGGAGAUCUUCCAGGAUGGAUUGAACCUCCAUCCCAAGUCCAUCGAGGCGUGGCUGAACUCGGUGACGGCCCAGCCCCGGGCGGCCCAGCUGAUCGGGAAGGACCACACCCUGCUGAGUACCAUGGAGCAGGCCAUGAACGGCUACCUCAAGGACGUGCGCAGGCUGACCUUCAAACCUGACAAGAGAGACCCGGAGUUUGUCUUCUAUUCUGCUAUGCAGACCACAAUGAAUGCUUACAAUGUGAAGCCAGCUGUGUUUGACCUGUUCCUGGCAGUGGGGAUAGCUGUGUACCUGGGUCUGGUGUAUGUAGCCAUCAUUAACUUUCACUUCCUGUACAACUUUGUCACAAGCAUCAACACCAUCAAGGUCAAAGUCAAGCAUCAGUGAAGUGGUCAAGACUACUCAAGUGUACAUGUAGAAUCUUUGAUGUCCUGAUGCAUGCUGUAGGCCACUGUGUGUGUGUGUGUACAUGUACACUUGUCAUGGACACACCAAUGGGCCAAAAUGUACCCUAUGCACGUUCUUGAUAACCAAAUUU